AUGCACUCUCGCCUACUGGUCUCUGGCCUUCCCAGGUCUCUGCCUGCCCUCCCUCCCUCGCCUGCCCCGCCCUGCAUUCCUUGCGUCGAGGGGCGGCAGCGCGCCGCUCCUCACUCCUCCUCGUUCCCUCCCACAGAGGCUCCACUGCAGACUCUCCACCUGGACGUGUGGGGCCCAGCCCGCGUCCAGGGGCAGGGCCGCGAGCGGUACUUCCUGCUGGUCGUCGACGACUACACUCGUCACACCACGGUCUUCCCCUUGCGCAGCAAGGGUCAGGUCCCUGAUGUUCUGAUCCCCUGGAUCCGCGCUGUUCGUCUCCAGCUCCGCGAGCGGUUUCAGUCGGACUUUCCUGUCUUGCGUCUGCACUCUGACAGAGGUGGUGACUUCACCUCCGACCUCUUGCGAGCCUUCUGUGAGGAGCACGGCAUCCGCCAGUCGUUCACGCUUCCGGCCUCUCCGCAGCAGAAUGGGGUUGCUGAGCGCCGCAUUGGCUUAGUCAUGGAGGUCGCUCGUACCUCCAUGAUCCAUGCGGCGGCUCCCCAUUUUCUGUGGCCGUUUGCGGUCCGGUACGCCGCGCAUCAACUCAACCUCUGGCCCCGUGUCUCCUUGCCGGAGACCUCGCCCACACUGCUGUGGACGGGGGAGGUUGGCGAUGCGUCGCGCUUCCGGGUCUGGGGUGCUCGUGCCUUUGUCCGUGCCCACGCCAUUCCCUGCGUCUUCCUUGGUUUUCCUCCUGACGCGCCUGGCUGGCAGUUUUACGACCCCGCCUCGCGCCGUGUCUUUGCGUCUCAAGACGUCACUUUUGACGAGUCCGUCCCCUUUUACCGUCUCUUUCCCUACCGCACUGCCCCUCGCCCCCCCCCCCCCGCCGCUCUUUCUCGCUCCAGGUCCUUCCCAGGUCCUGCUGGGGGUAGUCCUGCUCGGGGUGCUGUCUCUGGGGGUGCUGAGCCUGGGGGUACGGAGCCCGAGCGAGAGGAGCCUGGGGGUGCUGAGCCUGGGGGUGCGGAGUCUGGGGGUGCUGUGCCUGAGCGUGAGGAGCCUGGAGGUGCUGAGCCUGGGGGUGUCGAGUCUGAGGGUGCUGAGCCUACGUGUGAGGGGCCUGAGGGUGCUGAGCCUGGAGGUACUUCUGCUGACGUCACUGGAGCUGGGAGUGGUGCUGGUUCUUUGCCUGCUGGAGGUGCUGAGACUGUGCGUGCGGAGACUGGAGGUGUUGUGCCUGGGGGUGCUGCGUCCGGGGGUGCUGAGCCUGAGAGUGCUGAGUCUAGGGGUGCGGCACCUGCGGGUACUGAGACUGCUGGUGCGCGGUCUCCUUGGAGUAGCCGCCUUCGUCCGCGUGCGCCUCUCUCCCCGCAGCAGCUGCACGAGUGGUACACUCGCCGUCAGGGUCGCGCUGCUGGAGCUCGGGGCUCUACCGCUGGAGGUGUUUCUGCUGUCGUCGCUGGAGCUGGGAGUGGUGCUGUGUCUACAGGAGGUGCUGGAGUCGCUGGUCCCGGAGGUGCUCGUACUGGAGGUACUGGAGCUGCUGGGGCUGGAGGUGCUGCGUCUGGGGGUGCUGCUGCUGGAGACACUGAGGCUGGAGACCCUAGGACUGGAGGUGUCGGUUCUGGGGGUGCUGCUACUGGAGACACUGAGGCUGGCGACCCUAGGACUGGAGGUACUGGUUCUGGGGGUGCUGCUGCUGGUGGUGCUGGCGCUGGAGGUUCUGGAGCUGCUGGAGGUGCUGGAGCUACUAGAGGUGCUGGAGCCACUGGAGCUGCUGGAGCUGCCGGUGCUGGUGCAGCUGCGCCGACACGACUGUUCUUCGCUCCGCUGUCUCCGUCGUCUCUGCCGCCGCCUGACUCUGUUCUUUGUCAGGUUCUUACCCUUCCGUCGUCUACUGGUCUUCCGUUACUGCCUGGCUCACCGCUCCCUGCUCCUCCUCCUUACACUGAGCAGCCUGGUGGUCUUGCUGAGCGUCGUGAGCCUGCGUCGCGUCUUGUCUCGCCUGUUCGUCCUGGUCGUUCCGGUCGUCGUGUUCCUCGUUCGCGUCAGCCGGCUGUCCCAAGUACACACCUCGUAGUCUGUCGUCUUUCCUCUGCUCCGCAGUCUGUUCCUCUGCCGUCUCCCCCUGCGUCCUCUCUACCUGACGUUCCCGACCCUGAGUCUGACCGGUUUCGUGCUGAGCACCCUACUGUCACGCGUCUGCUUGCCACUGUUGUCACUGACCCAUCGUUUGAGUCUGCUGCUGCGUCUGCCAUAGUCGCUGAGCUUGUUGACUUUGCUGCUACCUGUCGUCUAGACUACGCCGCUAGCCUUAUUGCUGAGUCUGAGUCUGUCUGUCCUCCGUCCGUCUGGGGUGAGUGUGCUCUUGGCACGGACGUCCUUGAGGACAGGCACGAGGACCUUGAGUGUCUUGCAGCCGCUGCGCCUCAUCUCGUGGCCAUGCUGCUUGCCCCUGAGGGAGACCCGGAUGCUGUAGACAUCCCGACCCCGCGCUCUUACGCUGAGGCGAUCGCGGGUCCCUACUCCUCUCAGUGGCAGGCAGCCAUGGACGCAGAGAUGGCAUCCUGGAAGUCCACAGGCACUUACGUCGAUGAGGUUCCCCCUCCUGGGGCGAACAUCGUCGAUGGCAUGUGGAUUUUUAGGGUGAAGCGGCCGCCGGGUUCUCCGCCUGUCUUCAAGGCUCGUUACGUUGCUAGAGGCUUCAGUCAGCGUGAGGGAGUUGACUUCUUUCAGACCUUCUCCCCUACCCCGAACAAGACCACUCUUCGGGUGCUGCUGCACGUUGCCGCUCAGCGUGACUACGAGCUUCACUCUCUUGACUUCAGCACAGCCUUCUUACAGGGCAGCCUGCACGAGGAGAUCUGGCUGCGCCGCCCACCUGGCUUCACUGGGUCGUUCCCUCCUGGUACCCAGUGGAGCCUCUGCCGGCCAGUCUACGGUCUCCGCCAGGCACCUCGUGAGUGGUACGACACACUGAGGACUACACUUGCGGCUCUUGGGUUCGCUCCUUCGACUGCUGACCCGUCGCUGUUUCUGCGCACCGACACUUCGCUGCCGCCAUUCUACAUCCUCGUGUACGUCGACAACUUGGUCUUUGCUACUGCUGACACUGAGGCUCUCGCUCUGGUGAAGUCGGAGCUGCAGAAGAGACACACGUGCACAGACCUGGGUGAGCUGCGCAGUUACCUUGGCUUGCAGAUCACCCGGGACAGAGCACGCCGCACCAUCACACUGACUCAGUCACACAUGGUGCAGCAGGUCCUUCAGCACUUCGGCUUCACCUGGUCCUCCGCACAGUCCACUCCUCUUGCUACAGGUCACUCACUCUCAGCUCCACCUUCGGACGAGUCUGUAGAGCCGAGUGGUCCUUACGCAGAGCUAGUGGGCUGCCUCAUGUACCUGAUGACCUGCACUCGACCUGACCUUGCGUACCCUCUUGGCCUUUUGGCUCGCUACGUGGCUCCUGGUCGGCACCGAAAGGUGCACAUGGAUGCCGCGAAGAGGGUACUGCGCUACUUGUGCAGUACAUCGGGCAUGGGGCUCGUGCUUGGAGGACGGAGCGACGUUGUCCUCACUGGGCACUCAGACGCUUCUUGGGUUGACGACCUGGCUACGCAGCGGUCGUCACAGGGUUACACCUUCAGCCUUGGCUCUGGCUCUGUUUCUUGGCGUUCUACUCGCUCGUCUUCUGUUCUCAGCUCCAGUUGUGAGGCUGAGAUCUACGCCACAGCCAUGGCUGCUCAGGAGUUGCGCUGGCUCACCUACCUGCUGACCGACUUGGGAGAGAGGCCUCGUUCUCCUCCAGUUCUGUACGUUGACAACAAGGCCGCCAUUGCCUUGUGUCAGGAGCACAGACUGGAGCACAGAACGAAGAACAUCGCUCUGCGUUACUUUCUGGCUCGAGAGUUGCAGCAGCGUGGUCAGCUUCGUCUUGCUCACGUGGCCACCAGGGCCAACACUGCUGAUAUAUUCACCAAGGCACUUCCGCCUGGUGACCAUCAGCGCUUUUGUACUUUGUUGGGCCUUGUGCCUACGUUUCCUCACUUGCUGUAG